AUGUCUGCUGCACCAUCUGAAAUCGUAACCAUGGAUGAAGAACAAGGCCGCUUUGCCAAGUCUGGCAAGUUUGUUGUAGGUGGUGGGAAGAAAGUUGCCGGUGUCGCUAUGGCUUGGGGCAAAGCCUUCGCCGCUUUCAUCUCCCGUGGCAAUGUCGUUGACUUGGCAGUUGGUAUCGUCAUGGGCGCUGCAUUCACCGCAGUAGUAAACUCCCUCGUCGCUGAUAUCAUCAUGCCAUUCAUUGGUCUUGCCGGUGGAUCCAACUUUGCUGAUCUGUACGUCACUCUCCGAGGACCCAAUGCACAAUCUUGCAUUACGUUGGGUGUCGACUGUAACAACAUCCAUACCAUUGCCCAACUUGCCUCUGUUGGUGGUAUCUCUUGGAACUAUGGACGAUUCCUACAAUUCGUUAUCUCCUUCUUAAUUACUGCCGCUAUUGUCUUCCUUUUAGUCAAGGCUUACACUGAAGUCUUCUUGUACGUUGCCCCUGUACUUGUUGCUCCUAAAGCUGAACCUGUUGUUAAGAACUGUGCAAAAUGUACAGAAAGCAUACCUCAAGCUGCAUUGAAGUGCAAAUAUUGUACCGCUGACCAAGUUGCUCCUGAGAUCAUGGAGCACGGAAAGUCUGCUUAA